AUGGCAGGUGGCUGCCAUCACCGCAUCACAGCUCCCACAGGUGAGAUAAGCUCACCCAACUGGCCCAACUACUACCAGAGUCGCAAGGACUGUGAGUGGUAUCUGGUGACUACGCCUGGACACCGAGUGAAACUGGCGUUUGGUUUCUUUGAGAUGGAGCCGCACCAGGAGUGUGCGUACGACCACAUCACGCUAUACGAUGGUAACGCAACGGCGGCACAGACGCUUGGACGGUUUUGCGGCAGCAAGAUCCCUCAUCCGAUCGUAUCCAGCGGCAACCGCCUCCUCGUCACCUUCCACUCUGACGCGUCCGUGCAGCGCCGCGGGUUCCUCGCCCGCCACGUGUCCGGUGAGUCG